UAACAAAUAAUUUCUGGCUAAAAUUUUCUAAAUUAAGCAUGAAAAUAUUCAACAUAAAUUUAUUAAAAUUAAUAAGUAAAAUUCCUUUUCGGCAAUAUUCUGGUGAAUAUCGCAUAUACCAUUUUCCCGGAUUUGCUAACACAUCAAACAAAGAUAAUGUCGGCGAAAAAAAGCAAAAAAAAUUACACAUUUCGAAAACGCUUGGCGCCGCUAGUGGCAUAAGUGAUACGUUAACAGCUCAGAACAGCGCACCAGAACAUGCCAUAAAGUCAUCGCCAACAAAGAAAAGUUUCACAAACUUAUUACUGGAGGGAACUACCGUUGUUACAAAUACAAAUUCGAAAUCACCAUCAGGCGAAUGUGCCGAAAAAAAAGUUGAAAAGAAACCUGAUAAAAGCAAAUGUUUAAGAGCUGUGCCACGUUUAAAAUGGGUUAAUGAACUACCGGAAGACUGCAGAGCGAAAAAGACCGAUAUUCCAACUGUUAAAUUGCGUGAUGGCUAUGUAAUGCCCAUGUUUGGACUUGGUACUUGGCUGUCGCCAAGUGCUAAGGUUGAAAAGGCAGUGAAGCACGCUUUAAAAGUCGGUUACCGCAUGAUCGAUUGUGCACAUGCCUACGAAAAUGAAGAAGCAGUUGGUAAAGCAAUAAAGAAAUCAAUUGAAAAAUGCAUUGUUAAACGCGACGAACUAUUUAUAACCAGUAAAUUAUGGAACACAUUUCACGAUCCCCAUUUAGUAAUGAGUGCUUGCCGGCAAUCUUUGUGUGAUUUAAAUUUGUCAUAUCUGAAUCUUUACCUCAUACAUUGGCCUAUGGGGUACAGAGCUGGAGACGAACUGAUACCAUACGAUGCGUGUGGGCGUGUGAUUGGCACCCGUGUAGAUUACGUUGAGACAUGGAAAGCAAUGGAGGAGCUGGUGGCACGGCGUUUAACGCGUUCGAUAGGACUUGCUAAUUUCAAUAAGCAUCAAAUUGAGCGUAUUUGGAAAAUUGCAAAAAUAAAACCGGUUGUCAAUCAGGUUGAAUGUCACCCGUAUUUUAACCAAAAACGUCUUAUGGCAUAUUUGAAGAAAAAAGGUAUUGUACUCAUUGCAUACAGUCCAUUGGGUGCGCCAGCUAGACCCUGGGUAAAGAAAGAUGAGCCAAAUGUAUUGCAUGAUAAUCUGAUCAAGACAAUAGCUUUUAAUACUGGACGCACACCGGCGCAAAUUUGUAUACGUUAUCAAAUACAACGCGGUAAUGCAGUCAUUCCGAAAUCAGUGACCCCAAGUCGUAUUGAAAGCAAUUUUGAUGUCACAAAUUUCGAAUUAUCUGAUGAAGAGAUGAAAAUUAUUGAUAAGUUGGACAAAAAAAUACGUCGCGUGUCGCUAUCAAUGUUAGCCAAUCAUCCACAUUAUCCAUUUAAUGACAAAUUUUAAUAUUAUUUUAAAACAAAUACUUAAUAUUUAACUACUUAAUAUUACGUUUAAUAUUCAUGAAAUUCUCACCUGAUAUAUUCAACGUGCAAAAAACUGUCUUUCAAUAAUAGAAAAGCGCUUCUGGGAGUGAAAAAUUGUUAUUAUUUAGCACUAAAAUAUUUAAAUAAAUUUACACUUUAUAAAAAUAAAAGCA